AUGGCUCGGUUAAAUGGAACAACUAUGGGAAUAUGGGAGCCUUUUGAGAGUUUAGGGUGGUGGUGCAUGAUGGUUCUUGGUCUUGGGGCACUGUUGUACCUUAUGACCCGAAAGAAGAAGACAAGGCCCAUAUCUCCACCCCCUUUGGCUCUACUUCUCGGCAAAGGAUCGAAGAAGGUCCUAGCUCCCAUGAUAGGGAGGAGCGGAGGACAAAGGCAAGACAUGAAGCUAGAAGGCAGAGGAUUGAAGAAAAGGGG